CGUGUACGAAACUUCUGAAUGUGCAGUUUAGGUGUGAUUGCCGUGCCGGUGUCUUACUGUCGGUGCAUCGCCUGUUUGACGACGUGUGCAAUUCUGUUAUCCUGCGACUGCCACCAGCCUGCCACCAUCGGCGGAAACUGUCCUUCGGCUCAAUGUGCAUCAUAGAACAUCCACUCGGCGGCGGUUAUGCUCAUUCAACACUAAAAAUGGGUCAAGAUACGGAAGCAACCACGGCCACGGCUGUCAUUAGUAUGCCUGUCAACACUCCCAUUACUACCACGACUAACAGCACCAACAGCAGUACGACGCUGUGUGGCAACAAGCGCAAAUACGAUGAAAUUUCCACCAGCACAACAUCGGUCCCUCAGUCCACCGACAGUGACAUGAUCGUCGAUGUGGUGGUUCAGCAAGAAACGUCCCCGGAAAUGUCCCCGGUCCAACCGGAACAGCAGCAGCGACUGGAAAGUUCCGAACAAGAAGCGAACGAUGGUAUUAAAGCGUGCAAGAGUCCUCGAUACGAUGACGACUUGCACCAGCAGCAGGACAAUGCUCAACAAGAACUGCCAUCCCCUCCGGUGGUGUCUACCGCCCCAGCAACUGUCGAGAAGGCAGAUGAAAGCUGUAAUAGCAGCAGCAUUAGUACAACUACUAGCGCCACGACGGCAACCGAGAUUAGCAGUAGCUUAAGCAACGUUUGCAGUAGCACUAGCACAACCAGCAGCAGCAAUAGCAGUAUCACGGUCAGUAGUCCCUUCAUUACCGCUUCCCCGACGAUCCAGAGCCCAACGGCACCGAUCCUGCUGACCGCUCCAUUACCACCCGAACCGGAGGAGAAUGCAAUCGCCAAACUGGAAGCCGUGGCCGUACCGGGCGAAAGUGCCUGGAACUGUGAGCCGAUUGUGGACAGCAUCAGUAAGCUGCAGGCAGUUGCCGUCCCUGGUGAGGCGUGGGGCAGUGCGUCCGACAGUACCCGGUCGACACUAGCCACCACACUCCUCGUAGCGGACGAUCUAGACGAUGAUGAUGAUGAUUUCGAGGAUGAUUUCGAUGACGACGAGACGAUCCUGCCGGGCUAUUCGUCGAUGCGUUAUCCCUGUUCACCAAACCGGGGCACUACGGUGGCAUCCAUCGCUGGAUCAGGAUACGCAAGUCCGGCCUACCCGAAACCGGGCUACUUCCCCGAACCGUACCAAAACUGUGCGCGUACCGGUGCAGCAAACAAUGGUGCGCAGCAGUACGCCAAUCGGGGGUACGGUUGGGCUCAGCACGGUUACUACUCGCCGCCUUACGAAGCGCCCACCUCACAGCAAACGAUCCGCUGUGCGGAGAAUGGUAAAAGCUACUUUGAGCUCGGUUCGGCUAAUUAUAGUAGUAAUGCGGCAGCUGCGGCUGGAGUAGGUGCGGGUGGUUCCCCGGGUCCUAUGAAUCCUGCCAUACCGCUGGGAGCAGCCCAACAACAGCAGCAGCAACAGCAACAGCAACAGCAGCAGCAGCAGCAGAGUCCUUUCGGUGCACCUGGAGUUAUGCCGGGUGCGAGACCACAUCAUCUGAAACGUUGCUGUGAUGGGCGCAACAUGUCGUGUAGUAACAAGCAGUGCUACAAGGAGCGUCGCCUGAAGAUGAUGAACCUAUCCAUGUUCAAGCUGGCCCGAUUCCGGCAAGCCUCGGAUCAGUCGCUGUACCGGUCGGUGUUGAUCUGCAACACGCUGAAAUCGAUCGAGCGAGAGAUUGACAAUGAGAAUAAGGAAUUCAGUCAACACCAUCAACAGCAGCAGCAACAUUUCCAGCAACACCAGCAACAUCAUUACCAUCUACAGCAGCAACAACAGCAGCAGCAGCAACAACAACAACAGCAACAUGCUAGCAUGCAUCAUCAUCUUUCUCCGCUGCCACCUCCGCCACCACCACCACCACUACCUCCAGCAACCACUACCACGGGUACAGCUGGGCCUGGCGAUUACUUUGGCAAUCGGCUCGGAGCGCCGAAUCCCGCCAAUCGACCCUCAACGCCAGGUGGUGGUCCUGGUGGCGUAGGAUACGGUGAUCCUUCCACGAUAACGAUGCAACUAUCGCCGUACGAUCAGCAGCAACACUCGCAACAACACAUGUUACACCCGCUGCAUCAUCAUCACCACCUCCAGCAUCAUCACCAUCAUCCCCAUCCCCAGUCACAGCAACACCAGCAGCAGCAACAACAGCAAAUGCAGCAACAGUUGCAUCAGCAACAGCAGCAACAUCAACACCUGCAUCUACAGCAUCAGUUACAUCCGAUGUCACCGCAUCUGAGCAGCGCGAACGGUGGUCAUCCACAACACCCAUUGAAGGAUCCUCAAUCGGGACGGGCUACUCCAUUCCCCGUGACCAACGGUUCGAGCAGCAACACCACCAUCGAACUCUCCCCUAACAGUAGCAACAGUGGCAGCAAUAGUGGUGACAGUGAAGGUGAUAUUGGCACCACAACCGUCAGCAGCAGUAGUAAUAACAGCGCCGCUAGCGGUAAUAGUACCAGUAGUAGUGAUAUUAGCAGUAAUACCAGCAGUACAAGCAGCAGCAGCAGCACUUCCAGUACCUACGAGCAGCUAACAGCCAUCCACAGCCAUCAUCACCACCAUCACCAUCAGCAGGAUGAGCAGCAGAUACUGCACCAUCAUCACCAUCACCUCGAGACGGAUGCGAACGGUCCAAUCAAUUGGGGAUCGGUGCUUAGCUUGUCGUCCCAAUCGGCGCUGGAUCCGCUGAAUGGAAGCGACCUGUUCGUAACGUCCCCUACCGGACCCGUACCAGUGGUGGUAGAUGACGAUGGCACGAGCAGUAGCAGUAGUAGCAGUAGUAGCGGUAGUAAUAGUGCACCGUCAUCCUCGAACGUCGUCGAUGUGAUCGUCGAUGCUACUAGCUGUGAUGAGAGUGGCGGAAGUUCCUUACCGUCCUCUUCUGUCUCAACUGUUGCCACAUCCGUGCCAUCGCAGGAGGAAGGCAUCACCGGUGGCACGGUGAGUUCCGACGCUUCCGAAGCAUCCGGGAGUGAUGGUAUCGGGACAGGGAGUAAUUCUAAUGGAUCUGGACCGAAUGGUGGUGGUGCUGGGGUCGAUGGUCUAGAUGGCAGCUCGGGUGAGUUGUCGGGGAAUGGCUCUAGUUCGAGUACCAGCAGCAAUAAUGGCAGCAGCAGCAGUAGUAGUAGCAGCUCUAGCACCAGUGGCAACAGUACAAAUGGUUCCUCCUCCUCGCCGGGAAAGUGCCAGGAAGUGGACACGGACGUUGACAUGGAGGUAGCGACACCGGAAGAUGAUGUCGUAGAUGAUCCGACCGUGCCGGCGGCACCAUCGGCAACGGCAGCCGAAGCAGGUAGUGACGAUCACGAACGAUCGAUCUCACCCAGCUCGACGACUACCCUAACCUCGCUGACAACGCUUACGAGCAGUAAUAGUAGUGCACGGUCCGACAUCAGCCAUCUGACGACGCUUACCAGCAGCAGUGCGGCCUCAUCCCCACUGCUCUCUUCCUGUGCCUCCGCUCUGCAACACUACCACCAUCACCACCACCACCAUCAUCAUCAUCAGCAGCAGCAGCACCAUCAACAGCAUCAACACAGCAGCCACUUUCUUCAGCACGGCUCAACCGGCAGCAGUAGUUCGAUCGGUGGAUCAAGCUGCUGGGAGUUUGCGUACCUGGACAUGGAUCUCGGCACAACGCACGAGCUGUACGAUAUGUUUCCGGGCUGCUACAAGAUCGGUUCGUUCAAUACGGGCGAUCAUGUGGAUGUGCUCGGGCUGAAGGGUCCAAUGCUCGAGGGUCCGAGCAAGGUUGUGUGUGGGGACAAUGAGAUGGACUCGUUCACGACGCACAUCAUGGUCGGGAGUUAGUAUUGAACGGGUACCACGACCACCACCACCAACACCACCGUGCAUCGGCGUGGAUCGGCA